GACAGCAAGUUUUUCAUUAAUUAGGUAAAGGUUAUCCUGGUGCGGUAGAAUUAUAAAUACGUCGACAAUUCUUGAAUCGUAAAUCAAAGAAAGUCUAUCAACCGCAGUGCGAUCAGCCAGUCGUUGUCAAUCACACCUUUUACACUCGCACUCUUUUUGCACAUCUUUCUCUCAUAUCACAAUUCAACUUUUCUCCAAUUUCUAUCUUUUUAACACUCACACUUUAUUAUCCUCACUCGGAAUUUCAUUAUGAAGUCGUUUAUCAUUAUCAUCACUCUUCUUGCACUAUGUCUUAAUGAAGCAGGAACAGCUCAAAUAGUCACUCGAGAUGCAGAAGUCGAUAAACAUACGAAAUCGUCAUCAAACCUCAUGACCUGUCAUGCUAAUGCCACAAGUAACGUAGUCUCUGAUUUAGAAGAUUGCGAUAAGGUCGCUACUUACAUGGCCACAAACAAGUCGGCAUGCGCAAAGUACAGGUCUUGCACCUUGAUGACCAGAGCCGGUAUCGGUAAAGCACAGGCGGUUCAAGUGACAUCGCCCACCGAACUCAGAUACGCCUUCUCCGCCUACUUUGAAAAAUGUUGUAAUGUUACUGAUCCAAUAAAGCCUCGUUUAGAAAAAUUCCCCAAGACUGCUGAUGGAGACCUUUACUUGACUAUAGCCUUAUGUGCAGUUUCUGAUCCAAAGUGUAAUACAGGUGAUCAAGUUUCAGUUUGUUCUGAUUCGACUUUUGAAGAAUUGAAAAACGCUCAAGCAAACUUAACAGAUGUUCCAAAGAUUGGUGUGAAUCAAGAUUUAUCGUAUUAGAUUGAAUUUUUCUUUUUACAUACUUGUACUUACUUUACAAGCUUAUGGUAGUGAGUCUUGGGAGUCGGAUAUGCAAUCAAGAAGCGGGACUUGGAUGUU